GAUGGCCAGGCCCUAAUGCACAAAUUUGACUUCGGUAACGGACAGAUCACCUACAUGCGCAAGUUUGUGAAGACCGAUGCCUAUGUGCGUGCCAUGACAGAGAAGCGUGUUGUGAUCACCGAGUUCGGCACCGUUGCCUACCCUGACCCUUGCAAAAACAUCUUCUCCAGGUUCUUCUCUUACUUCAAGGGUGUUGAGGUCACUGACAACUGCCUGGUAAAUGUAUAUCCAAUUGGGGAGGAUUACUAUGCUGUUACAGAGACCAACUUCAUUACAAAAGUUGACCCAGACACGCUGGACACACUGAAAAAGGUGGACAUCAUGGGCAUUGUGAACGUCAAUGGAGUCACAGCACAUCCCCAUAUUGAGAGGGAUGGCACAGUCUACAACAUUGGCAACUGCAUGGGAAAAGGAGCAACUCUGGCCUACAACAUUGUGAAGAUGCCACCGACCCAGAAAGAUAAGUCUGACUGCGUUGAGAAGGCCCAGGUGGUGGUGCAGUUCCCCAGCGCAGAGCGGUUCAAGCCAUCCUACGUCCACAGCUUUGGGAUGUCCGAAAACUACUUUGUAUUUGUGGAGACACCCAUCAAAAUCAACCUGCUGAAAUUCCUGGGUGCCUGGAGUGUCCGUGGGACCCAAUACAUGGAUUGCUUUGAGUCUGACGACAUGAAAGGAACCUGGAUUCACAUUGCCAGGAAGAAUCCUCCGGAGUACAUUGACAUACAGUUCAGGACCGGCUCCAUGGGUCUUUUCCAUCACAUCAAUGCCUAUGAGGACCAAGGCUGCAUUAUUGUGGAUCUGUGCACUUGGAAAGGGCCUGAGUUUGUGUAUAACUUCUUGUGGCUGGCGAAUCUCCGUUCCAACUGGGAGGAUGUGAAGAGAAAUGCCAUCCGGGCCCCUCACCCUGAGGUGCGCAGAUACGCCAUUCCCCUGAAUGUCACCAAGGAAGAGCAGGGGACGAACUUGAUCACUCUGCCCUACACAACGGCUACUGCAGUGAUGCGUCAAGACGGUACCAUCUGGUUGGAGCCUGAGGUGCUGUUCUCUUCUCCUUUCAAUGCUUUUGAAUUCCCUCAAAUCAACUACAAAAUGUGCAAUGGGAGGAAUUACACGUAUGCCUAUGCCCUGGGCCUGAACCAUUUCGUUCCAGACAGGAUUUGCAAACUGAACGUGAAGACCAAGGAGACCUGGGUAUGGCAGGAGCCUGACUCCUACCCUUCUGAGCCCCUGUUUGUGCAGACCCCUGACACCACAGAUGAGGAUGACGGUGUGCUCUUGAGUAUUGUGGUGGCGCCGGCAUCCGUGAGACCGACGUACAUGCUCAUCCUCAACGCAAAGGACCUCUCGGAGAUUGCCAGAGCCGAGGUUGAUAUCAUCACUCCUGUCACCUUCCAUGGAAUGUACAAGCCUUAGGAAGAACAGCUCACAGUUCAGUCCUCUCACAACUAAAGGUAUACAACUUGGCAAGCAAUUUGUGAACACGUCUUCAAAAUGUGUAUACAGAGCU